AUGCGGUGUUUGAAUGUGAAUUUCCACACACUUGGAACUAUAAGGGUUCAUUUAUUUCUCAGCGGGAUCCAACCUUCGUACAAUCCUUGGUAUUUCCACUGGGAGACUUUUUCUCAGCCCGCAGUUGAACUUCCUGAAAAUGACGAAGAGGAAAUGGCAGAUGUGUUGGCAGACAUGUUAAGAGGGGACCCUGGGUUUGACAAAUCUUCCAACACUACUGAUUCUUUCAAUGAACCCCCUAUCAAUGACAACAACAAGUUUGAUGACUUGUUUAAGGAGAUGGAGUCUGAGUUGUAUCCAGGUUGCAAAAAAUCAGCCCUCAAUGCACUGGUGAAGCUUAUGCACUGCAAGGUUUUAAAUAGGUGGAGUAACCACUCUUUCGAUAUGUUGCUGUCCAUCUUGAUUGAACUAUUUCCAGAGGGGACAAAAUUACCGAAGUCGCAUUAUGGGUCGAAGAUGCGAUUGUGCAAUCUAGGUUUGGGUUACGACUCAAUAGAUGUGUGCAAGUAUAAUUGUGCCAUUUUUUGGAAGGAGAAUGAGAAGAAAGAGUUUUGCCCUGUAUGUGGCAAAUCACGAUGGGUGAAAAAAAAAGGUAAGGAGAAAAAAGUUCCUCACAAAGUUAUGCGUUACUUCCAACUCACACCGAGACUAAAACGAUUAUAUUGCUCAAGACACACCGCGAAGGAUAUGCGGUGGCAUUACUCGCAGAGACCAAAAGAAGACGGUGUGCUUAGGCAUCCUGCGGAUGCUGAAGAAUGGAAGCGGUUUGACCGCCUUCAUCCGUAUUUUGCUGUUGAACCUAGAAAUGUCAGACUGGGAUUGGCUACUGACGGUUUUCAUCCAUUUGGCAACAUGAGCAACUCUUACAGCCUGUGGCCAGUUAUUUGUGUCCCAUAUAAUUUGCCACCGUGGAAGUGUCCAUCAUCUCCUGGGAAAGACAUAGAUGUAUUCAUGAGACCGUUAAUUGACGAACUGAAACAGUUUUGGGAGACGGGUGUUGAAGCCCGAGAUGCCUACAACGGAACUGUGUUUUCAAUGCGUGCGGCAGUGUUUUGGACAAUAAAUUAUUUUCCUGCUUAUGCUCUAAUGUCUGGUUGGAGCACAAAAGGGUAUAUGGUGUGUCCCACUUGCAAUGAACAUACUCCUUCCAUUGGCCUAAAUAGCAAGAUUGGAUAUGUUGGCCACAGACGUUUUCUCAAAAUGAGUGAUCCGAGAAGGAGAAGCAAAAAGUACAAUGGUAAGCCUAAGAAGAGAGCACCACCUCCUGUAUUGACGGGGGAUGAUAUUUUAUCUCAAUUAGACCGAAUUCCAUUGAGUUUGCCUGGAAAACACAAACAGUUCGGGGGUGUGAAACGGAAGCAUUCUAGUGCAGAGCUAAAUUGGUCUAAAAAAAGUACUCUUCUAAGUAUCGACGGGAUGUCAAAGGAUACCGACAAGGCGAGAAUGGAUUUGCAAGACUUGCAAAUACGACACUUCAUAAAGUCUGUACGAUUUCCGGACAGUUUUGCAGCAAACUUAGACAAAAAUGUAAAUUUGGAUACGGGCAAGAUUUCCGGGCUCAAAUCACAUGAUUGUCAUGUGUUGUUACAACGUUUACUAUCGGCAUGUAUCUGUAAGUUCUUGAAAAAAGAAAUUCGAGACACAAUCAUUGAGCUGUGUGUGUAUUUCAAACAAUUAUGCUCAAGAACACUUAAUGUUUCGGAUUUAGAAAAAAUGCAAACAAAUAUUCUAACUAUUUUGUGCAAGUUAGAAACAAUUUUUCCACCGGCUUUCUUUGACAUAAUGGUUCACGUAGUUAUGCAUCUCCCUAAAGAAGCCAUGUUACCUCCUGACGGAGUAACUCAAGAGGUGUGGAGUGACUGCAUUGCUUAUUGGAGCACAGACAAACAAAAAGCUAACCCCGACAUAGGAGAACUGUCAACUGCGGUGGAAACUUUUCAAAAUUUUCACCAUAAAGGCAACAAUUGGCGCAACGAGUACGCGCAACAAGCUUACGAGCAAAUCGUUGAAUUAGCGGCAACUCAACCAGCGCCCACUGAAGAUCAGCCCGAUGAGCCUGCUGUCAAUCCUACACAGUACCCUCGAGACUUACCUGUUAUGACGCAAGUGCUCGGGGAACGAUCUCGACAUCUUAGAGGCUUUGGCCAUCUCCCCAGACUGAAGGGAGUUGGGGCCAAAAGAGCACCUGCCACACAUUCUUCGGCCCCACCGACUGUUACAAUGGAACAGUAUGAGGUUUUACAGAAAAAAAUGGAGGAAGCGGAGCAGACAACUCAAUAUACGAGGCAGUAG